GGGGUUAUCAACUUGCUCGUAGUCAAAGUUUUGCCCCCAUGAGUGAUACUCUGCUGUAGCCCAUGCACUAAUAUUGCCCAUUUAAUUUCAUAAUGGGGAGCUCUGAAAUAAAUGCCAAGGACCUUUUGGGGCUAGUAAAAAUAUCUCAACUCAUUUAAAAUCCAAUUGAAAACAUGGGUUGACAUUCUGUAUAGUACGUGUCUUAAGCAGGUAAUACACUUGAAAAUAUAAAGAGUAAAUGGAACUCUUCGGAAAAAAAGCAUGGAGAGAUGCAUGUUUGAAAUCGAACUGAAAGAGAUUUAACAUGAGCUUGGAGACAUUAAGGAAGUGGGCAUAGGUAGGACACCACAAUGGCCGAUGUUUUAAAUAGCCAAAGGAGAGAAGCCUCCGUAAAUGUGUACCAAAGAUCCUGAGGAUAGCUCGUGUGCGUUUGCUAGAUGGAUUGCGGGAUAUGGUGAUAUCCUGGGGAAUCUCAAAACAUUUGCUUUAAAAUGGGUUUGGGGCAAGAUUUUAGAUAUGGUAACUCAAUUUCAUUGAUUGUUAUCCGUGUCGAGUCAUAAGCCAUUCAAUUCAGAACUCUCAAAACGACAUUGCACUGCAAGAACUUCAUGGCAGGACAGUGGCACAUUUUGAAAUGUAAGUGACCUUUUAUACACCAGGUGGCAGUAUUUUACCACCUGCUAUGCUACGGAUACAUUUCCUUCCUGAAGCGUUGAUCUCAAAGCUGAAAUGUAAUUGAAUGACAUUUGUGACCAGGCUGAGAUCCUGAACUCUACUUAAAAUCUCCCAAUAUUUAAGUACAUGUCAGCAAUGACAGCACCUCCGUUGCAUCUGGAGCGGUUUAACAAACUGAUAAACGUGAAAGCCAAUCGAAUCCUCGGGUGGAACGUGACUCACCUUUGCUGACCUCCAGCCGGCGUCGCUUGGAAACCAGGUUUUCAUUCCAUCUCGCUUGAGCGUCUCACAAAGCUGCACCCUGCCACAAAAACGCUGUGCUCUGUUGGUUUUACCUCGGGCCCGGCUUCCAUCCUCCCACCCUCCCAUUUUUCCAGCCACGUUUGUGAAGACCACCAAUGUGGAACUCCGUGUGGGGGGGGGGGGGGUAGUGCUUAAUUGAGCGCGCCUGUACUUUGACAGAUUACAUUCCCUUCAAUGUUUAAACCCACCUUACAUUUUUCCAGGGCAAGGCUGCUCCUUAAACAUUUCAUACAGUAUAACAAAUCUCACUCAACCUGCAUUAAUGAACAUUGUUGAACUUUGUUGCCUUCACUGAUGCCCGUGGACGGCACUCCUUCGGAUCUGUAAAGUGUAGACCUCGUGGUGCUCGAGAAUGGAUGUUGGCUUGGAAAGAGCACCUGGCUCACAAGAUGGACCCAGGAGGGUUGCCGUUCAGCCGCAACCCACCGUGCUGCUGUCUCCCACAUCGCCGAGACCCCCUGGCCAGGCUCCGGCUCACGGCGGUCCACCGCACCGCACCACCUCGCUGCUGCUGCUGUCGCCCGCUUUGGUGCUGCUGGCCGAGCGACCGGCGUCCGGCCCGGUGGGUCGGGGUCCCGCCGCUGCUGCUGCUGCCGCACAGGACCCUGCGACCGCCACGCCAGCUGGUGACCCGCAACCUGGAGCCCUUCUCGGUGGCGGCGGCGGCGGUGCUGGUGGCAUGAAGGCGGCCAUCCCUGCCAUGAGCGUGCCGCUCGCGGUUCUGUGCCUGCUACUGAACAUUAUCCUCCCAGGAUCGGGUAUUUGCGUCUACGUCAACUUCGCGUACACGGCGUGCACAGGGCGUGGGACUGUCAAAACACAAUGUCCCCGGGCCGUGCUGGGUGGUGCAGGCACCGUGCUCUCAGCCAUUAGCCUGUGCUGCUGCGCCGCCGAGGUGGGAGAGGCGCGUGUAGCUCGCGGCGGUGGCGGCAGCGACGCCGCGUCCCUCGCCUGCCUCAACCUGUGGGUGGGCGUCUCGCAGCUGCUCACCGUCACCUUCCUGCUUGUGGGCUGGCUCUGGAGCGUCACCUGGGGGGUGGCCAUGGUGGUCGUGGCAGCCGAGCGGCGACGCAAACGCUUGGAAAGCAAGGCGACUGAGGCUGGGCCCAACCUCAGUCGCUCCUCUCCACCUCGCAUCAUCACCUUGGUGUGAGACGACUUCACCCCCCACUCGUGAAGACAUCGCCUCGAACCCAGGAGACAUCAUUCAUCUCCGAGAUGACAAAAUCCUGGAAAGAGGUCCAUGGAAUGAGAUACACGAGAUGACGUCGUGAGCUCCCCGGGGCUAGAGGACACCGCCUUCGAAUGAGAUGAUGAGAUCAUUGCGCAAUGAGAAUACAUCAGUGGUAUCACUCGUCUGCAACCAAAUCAGCGUGAAUGUGGCUGAUAUCAUUAGAACUCAGAAGAAAGAGUUGAGUUUGGUUCGUACUUGGAUGAGAGACUACCUGGGAAUACCAGGUUGGCUUAGGCUCCAAGAUUGUCGGGAUAUGUACUGGCAGGCCACCAUUGCCUUCUCAGAUCUCAGAUAUAUCUGUGCAGAGCUUUAAGCGUUACCCACUUAGAUGCCUGGGUUUUCCCUGCGUUCUCCCAGAUGACAAAAUACGUAUACGUGGUACUGGACAAACAUCUCAAUGUAUGAUUUUCAUGAAAAAGUAUUGAGACUUAGUGAGGAUUUCUUGGGUCCGCCAACGAGCAUUAAUCGUUGUUUAUUCUCACUUUGCACUGGUCUUGCUGUCAUUCGGCAAUAUAAUGCCCCCUGCCGGGCACUCUCAUAAUAACUUGAGAAGUGUGUGUGUGUGACCUCACCAUCACCACUAUGCGACAUUACUCCAAUAUAUGUGAAGUGGUGUAUUCAUGAGUUCCAUAUGCCUUUUUAAUUUGCAUUCAUUCGACACAAAUUCUGCUUUUGAAAUGGUAAGAUUGUACGUAUAACAUUACUAGAGGUUGAUUGAAGCUGAGCAACUUCUGGGCAGUACUGCAAUUUUUGGAGGCCCACAUUUGAAUAUCAGAUUUUUUUUCAGUUCUAAGGCUCCACUAUGAUUCAUAAUUGGUUUAUUUUGGGUUAGGUCAUCGCAUUAAAAUGCGAGUCGUCUGUUGAGGCUCACGGCACCGGUGCGCUGAAGCAGUGACACAUGUGGCAUUUUUGAUUCACCUGGCAAUUUAAUGAAUUGGCUGAGGAAGAGGGUUUACGACGCACAUUUUACACACGAUGACCUAAUCCAAAAUGAACCAAUUAUGAAUCAUAAUAUUGGACGUGAAAGAAAGCCUACCUAUAUAAUUAAGCUUAACUACGUUUGUGGCAAUAUAACAUUAUUUAGCCUCUCACCCUUCUCAAGCAUCAUUCGAAUUUACUUCUGUCAUUGAGGCAUGAUUAAAUAUAAAUAACAUGCAGCCUUUUGUCAAACCAAUUAUGGAUGAAGGCCUCCUCAUGUUAUUUUCAGUAUUGGAGGUUGACCAUAUUUCAUGUUAAAGGGCAGCCCAGGACACGAUCAGACAUUACAAUAUAGGACCACAGAGCUUGGGAAAUGUUGACGCCUUUCCCGUGCAUGCUUGUGAAAAACUGUUACAAUUUCUACCACUUUUAAUAUGCAUUAAUGACGCUUUAUAAAACUAAAACAUUAUUACAAUUAUCACUUAGGGGCCGUCCAUAAAU